AGGAGGAGGAGGGGUGGACGGAGACAGAGCGGCAGAAUCACUGAAAUAGCACAGGCGAGCUUGUGACAAAUGCAGAGAGCUGGAGCUUGCGUCAGGGCGGCGGCGGCGGCACCUGCGAGACUUCAUUAGCACCAAGGAGAAGAGUCAAAUCGGGACGGAUCAGCUGUCUGCAUGUCAAGUGGCAACGGGGAUGGGAGGAUGCGGCGCAUCGCCGCCACCUGACUCAUCCCGGCGGUCGGCACCUGCUGCAGCCGUUUGAGAAGAUGCGCGGGGCAGGCGGCUCCUGCGGAUUCCUCAUCGAGCGACGGGGCUGGAAAUGAAAGCGGCAUUCCCCGGCGAGGCGUUCAAAGGGAGCCGUUGAUGUAGCAUCAGUCUACCUGUAGCCAGUGCAUCGCCGGCGUGAACUUGACCACGGCGGCGCCGGGUCCAAGAGGACUCCAAGUGUAGCGGCGUGGCCGAUGAAGGCCACCUGGGUCCGCCUGCUGAAAAGAGCCAAGGGAGGUCGCGUCAAGAGCUCGGAUGCCUACGGUUCGGCCGAUUCCUACACCAGCCGUCCGUCGGACUCUGAUGUGUCUCUGGAGGAGGACAAGGAGGCAGUGCGCAGAGAGGCAGAGAGGCAAGCUCAGGCGCAGCUCGACAAGGCCAAGACAAAACCGGUUGCGUUCGCCGUCCGCACAAACGUCAACUACAGCCCCUGUCACGAGGACGAUGUCCCCGUCCCCGGCAUGGCGCUUUCCUUCGAGGCCAAAGACUUCCUCCACGUCAAAGAGAAAUUCAACAACGACUGGUGGAUAGGCCGUCUGGUGAAGGAAGGCUGUGAGAUCGGUUUCAUUCCCAGUCCGGUCAAGCUGGAAAACAUGCGAGUCCUCCAAGAGCUGAGAGCCAAACAGGGCAAAUUCCAUUCCAGCAAACUGGGAGCAAACUCCUCAUCAAGUUUAGGUGAAGUGGUUUCGAACUCCCGCAAGUCAACUCCUCCUUCGUCUGCCGUUGACUUAGACGCCACAGGCUUAGACGCGGACGACAAUGAGCCGCCGGUCAUCCUGCGCUCCCCUCGAUGCGGCGGCGCUAACACUCUCACGUCCCCAUUAGCAAAAGAGAAACGAAUGCCCUUUUUUAAGAAGACGGAACACAUUCCUCCAUAUGAUGUUGUGCCUUCCAUGCGGCCCGUGGUUCUGGUUGGACCGUCGCUGAAGGGCUACGAGGUGACCGACAUGAUGCAAAAAGCACUGUUUGACUUUUUGAAGCACCGAUUUGAGGGACGAAUCUCCAUCACUCGCGUCACGGCCGACAUCUCGCUCGCCAAGCGCUCCGUCCUGAACCAUCCCAGCAAGCACGCCAUCAUCGAGCGCUCCAAUACGCGCUCCAACUUAGCCGAGGUCCAGAGAGAGAGGGAGCGCAUCUUUGAGCUGGCGCGGACACUGCAGCUGGUUAUCCUGGACGCCGACACCAUCAACCACCCGUCGCAGCUGGGAAAGACAUCGCUGGCCCCCAUCAUCGUCUACGUCAAGAUCACCUCCCCCAAGGUGCUGCAGAGACUGAUCAAGUCGCGAGGCAAGUCUCAAGCCAAACACCUCAACGUCCAGAUGGUGGCGGCCGACAAGCUGGCUCAGUGCCCGCCUGAGAUGUUUGACAUCAUCCUGGACGAGAACCAGCUGGAGGAUGCGUGCGAGCACAUGGCUGACUACCUGGAGGCCUAUUGGAAGAGCACGCACCCAAAUGGCUGUGACGCCCCGGAGCUGUCGCUGACCAAGACGCCCGCCGCCCCCUUGCCCUCCUCAUCCGGCGUGCAGGGUGGCGGUGCAGAGCAUCGAGCAGAAAAGGCAAUAGUGGAGCGGAAAGGCUCCAGAGAGGACCACCACUACCAUCAUCAGAACCAGGACCAGGAGCAGGCCGACGGCGAGGAGGACGCCGCCAUCGAGGAGGAGCGCCCCCCGAGGACCGAGUCGUCCAGGAGAGGAGCGCCUCAUGCCCAGCACCGUUCUUCUUCCGCCAGGACUGAGAACCACAACCACCACCGACAUCACCAUCACCAUCACCACCACCGAAGCAGGGGCUUCGCCCGGCAAGAGACGCUGGACUCUGAGAGCCCCGAGAACCGGGAGAACAAGGACGACGCUUACGUGGAGCCUCACACUCAGCUCCUCCCUCAGCACCACCACCAACAGCAGCAGCAUGAGGACACCAACCAGGAAGAAAUGGAGGAGAAGGAGGAGGAGGAGGAGGAGGAGGAGGAGGAGGACUUAAGGGAGCCCCAACAAGGCCACCGUGACCACCACCACAACAACCACCACCACCACCAUCAUCAUCACCACCACCAUCGCACCAAGGAACGCGAGCAGGACCACAAUGAACGUAACAAGCAGCGCAGUCACCACCAUCAACAACAACAAAGGCCGGUGCGGGACCACCACCACUACGAACGAGAGCCCAAAAAGAGGGGUGACGCGGGGGAAUGGGCCCGAGACUCGUACAUCCCCCAGUAGACCACGUUUUUACCCCCUCCCCCCUCAAGGAUCCAUUUCCUCCCUCCUGUUGUGCUGCUACACCUCCAAACCACGGCAUCCUAUUUAUAUCCACUUCCUUCCGGUUUUUGAUUGCAGCGUUUCUAUGAUGGAGAUACAAGUAUGCAGUGGAUGGAAAAUCUACACACCCUUGUUUAAAUGCCAUGCAGAAAAAUGAGACCAACGUUUUUCCCCAGCAUUCAUGUAUGAGAGACUACUAGAACAUCUGAACUUUAUCCAAAGUGAAGAAGAAUUCUGAACAUAUCCAUACCAGGUGUGGACACUUGAACAAAAAACAAUUCCAAAUGUUCCUUCUUGUUUUUUUUUUAAACUUUCCCUUAAGUUUUUUUCCCCCUUAGGUUACAUUACACAAGGUUAUAAAUAAUUCAUAUUGGUCUCACCUUUUUAUGAUCUUGGCAUUUGAACAGGGGUGUGUAGACUAUAUCUACGUAGACAUGUAUCUGCAUAGAUCCUAAUGGAUAUGCAUGAAUGUUCACAAAUAUGCAUAUUUGAUAAAAAAAAAACAUGACUUUUUGUUCAUGUA